AUGGUUUACCGUAUCCCCUGCCAAGGAAGUAAAUCUCCAAUGAUGAGAUCAAUUUUGUUAGUCUCCGGCUUUGUUGCGGCCCUCAACGCUGCAUCUCUACAUCCCAAAUCGAACUUCAAAUUUCUCGUCACAUUUGGAGAUAGUUAUACGGACAACGGUCGGCUCAAUUAUUAUGGCUCUCAUCAGGCCCAUGGACCACCACCAGGAGUGCUGCCAGCUGAGACCAACGUCACUGCUAGCGGAGGUUUGACGUGGCCUCAAUAUGUUAGAAGCAGCACCGGCGCCACUCUUUACGAUUAUGCUAUAUCUGGUGCUACAUGUGACAACAACAAUGUGGCACGAUGGGCGGGAUUCCUCAAUGCGAACUUCCCAUCAAUUAUCACAGAUGAGAUACCCUCAUUCAAGAAGGAUCGCAAGACAGCUUUAUAUCGUGGUGUGACUGCGGCAAAUACCGUCUAUGCGCUGUGGAUAGGCACAAACGACUUGAGUUAUACUGGCAUCCUUAGCGACUCACAAGUAGCCGGAACAAAUAUCACCACUUACAUCAAUUGUCUUUGGUCCACCUUUGACGCAAUAUACGCAACCGGUGGUCGGCGCUUCGUUUUACUCAAUCUAAACGCUUUGCAGCUUGCAGGGCUAUACCGACCCCAGUCUGAUGGAGGAGCAGGAGACAACCAGUUCUGGCAAAACAAGACGCUAUACAACCAGACAGAGUACGCCCAAAAGAUGCUCGAAUACACUACGUCGGCAAACACAAUAAUUGACUAUGGGGUUCCGUUCCAUUUGCUCGUAAAAAACCGCUGGCCAGGUGCUAAGGUCGCAGUAUUCGACAUACACAGCUUCAUCACUGAAAUCUACAAUAAGCCGAAGAACUUUUUGGAGCCGCCACACAAUGUGAAAGGGUUCUUUCAUCAUUGCGACGUAAACGGUGCAAAUUGCGUGGAUGGCCCGGAUUCACUCGAUUCCUAUCUCUGGUAA